GCUUGUCAGGUGGAUCGAGCAUGCCCUGAGCUCCGGCCUGAUCGCUACACGUUAUUGAUUUUGUUGCUUUUACCGCAGAGGUUUUCGCAACUGCUGAUGGGUCAAGUCAGACUGAAUAACACCGGAAAUAAUACGGUUUUUCGACCAGAGUUGUUGUUUCAAGGUUACUAGACCACCAGUGAACUUUAUUUUGAAAGUGGGAACCAGUUGUUGCUGGACCUCUGGGACGUUUGGGGAGCAAAUGGUACAACACUUAAAAGAAGAAGUUUGUUGUCAGGUUUAAGUGUGUCGAAGUUUACUCGGAUGUUUGUGGGCCCCCCUGUUUCUAAUAAGCCCCUACUUUUCUUUUACGUGGAACUUUUUCUUUUUCUUUUUCAAUUUUUUUCCCUCCUUUCUUUUUCUGACAAACGUGAAACGUUACCUUAGCCUUGGCUGGCUGGUUGACCGGGGUCUGCUGCUGUCAAACCUUCGUUGACAUGGAUUUGUUGCACCGACGACGAACGGACUGAAAAGUUUCGUGAAUUUUCACCAUUUUCACCGGGCAGCAACGACAAAACGGACUACCUGCAACUACUUCUCAAACAGGUCGUUGGUCACUUAUACAGCUAAAGACAUGCAGAAGCUCAACUCCACCGGUACCCACAGCAGCACGCUGCCCCGGGACUCGGAGCUCCAGCUGCGGUUAGCUGACAGCGGAGGAUCCGGGGAAGGGAAGGAAAACGGCGCUGGGAAACAUUUCCUCAACCAAACUGAGGAGGAGAGCUCGUUUUGUACCAAGAGGAAGAUGCUUGUUGGUUUGGAUGUAAUAUGUCUUUGUGUCGCCUCCAUCCCAUUCUUUGCAUGUGAGUUGAAGGCAGUGACUCCGUACAGACGAGGCUUUUUCUGUGGAGACUCCAGCAUCACCUAUCCCUACGUGGAAAGUGAGGCCAUACCUGACAGCAUGCUCAUCGCCGGUGGUAUAGCCAUCACCGGAAUAGCGAUCGCAGUGGGUGAAUGCUACCGGGUGCGUUUCCGAGGUGUAAACUCACGGGCUUUUGUUCGAAACCACUAUGUCUCGUGCCUGUACAAGGAGCUGGGAAGCUUCCUGUUUGGUUGCUGUGUGGGACAGUCUCUCACGAAUAUGGCCAAACUAAGCGUGGGACGCCUGCGACCCAACUUCCUGUCUGUCUGCAAUAUUACCUAUGAGUCCAUCAACUGCACUCAGGGCAGCUACGUGUCCCAAGUCAGCUGCAGACAGCCAAAUCAGAAGAUGGUAGAGGAGGCCAGGAAGUCGUUUUUUUCUGGCCAUGCUUCCUUUGCGAUGUACACCAUGCUCUAUCUGGCAUUCUACCUGCAGGCACGGCUGUCGUGGCGAGGAGCUCGACUGUUGCGCCCUCUAAUACAGUUCCUCUUAGUGAUGAUCGCCAUCUAUACCGGUCUGAGCCGCAUCUCUGACUACCGUCACCACCCCACUGACGUCCUCACAGGCUUCAUCCAAGGAGGGCUCACUGCGUACUGGGUGGCCUUCUACAUCUCCUCCAUGUUUAAACCUUGUGCCCGUCCAGACCUGUCUCCCAAUAGCAUGUCCCUGGAGAGUCCACUGUCCAGCCAGCAAACUGUCUGUUAGCAGGCACAUGCAGUCAUCCCAGGAACAAGACGAUAAGAGAAGAUGGACUGCAGAAAGACAGGGAGAAUGUGAGAUAGCGCAGGUGAGCAACAUAGAAAACACAGAGAAACUUAAACUUUUAAGAAAGGGAAUUAUUUUAAGAGAGGGAUAGGUAGAUAGUGAUGGAGUACAAUCUACAUAGGCUUGCUCUGUUGGGCAUACUGAUACACAUACAAAACAUACAUCCACACAGUAAUCUAACAUGUUCACACACUCACACGUGAAAUACAAGAAGCACAUAUGACUGUAAGUCAAACCCGUCCAGUGAAAAGAAUUGCAUAGUAAUAUUACAGAUAUUUUUUUAUAUAUGAAAAAAAGUAAAAGUAUCUAUUUUUCAAGAGGAUUUUUAGAAGCUGCUAAUGUUGAUAGUUGUUUUCUUCUGUGACGGAGGCAUUUAGUCAGUGCAUUGGUUAGCUUUUAAAGCAGAACUGGUCACUCUUUGGUCUUGGGUGAGAGAGGAGAAGACGCCCGCCUCCUCCGUGUUUUCGAUCCUCUGCUCAGCUUGGAAAACAUUACCCUGCAGCUGUGAACUGAGACCAUCAGACCUCAGAUGUAAAGACAGCUCUGUACAAAGUGACAGAACUGGCAGCGAUAAGGAACAAGCACUGGCUUCAUUCAACUUUUAACUGUUUUUACCUUCAGUGGCCCGAUGUGUCACUGCUAUAAUCAGACUGCCCUACAUCACUAUGACUUAACAAUAACCUGUAUGUAAGCAGAGGAAAAAAAACAGUAUUUUGGCUGUAAUACAAUGUUAUCUUUCUUUUUUUUUUUUUUUUUUUGAGUAACCAAGGCAGUGACGGGGAGGAAUCAGGUAACUUUCCCUCCCUUUCACUGCCACUUUUCUGUACUAACCACUUUGACUGUGUCUCAGAGGUGGAGGUUUGACUGAAUUUUUUAACCUUUGACUUUUGCCCCUGGACUCCAAUCUCUGAGCUGCACCUUGAUUUAUGCCACUCUGACAGGAGAGCCGACAUGGCUGUGAGACCUUAACGGGCCUCCUGUGCAUCUUUAUUAAUAGCACUUGAACGUACAUAAUGGAACAUUCUAAUUAUAAUCAAUAUUAUGUAUUUUAUCACAAGUUUGAAUAAUCAGUGUUUAUUUUUGUUAAUGUCAGACUCACAUACUAUAUUUGUUUUGUUUGUUUUUUUCUUGAAAUGAUAAUUAUUCAAAUUGAAUGUAAAUAUGUAUGUCAUUUUAUAAACCACAUAGAAUUUCAAAAGUAUUAGUUCCAGUUUUGGAAAGUUUUUACAUGUACAUGUGUUUGCAUUUACAUUUGUGUUGAUCAGGUACGGAGACUUACUAUUGUAUCUGUUGUAACUACUAGACUGAGCCACAGAUAUUAUCAGAAAGCUAUAUUUUUUGUGUUCCCAGUUAUUGUUUCUUUUGCGUCUGUUUUGUCUGUGAAUGCCAGAUAGGCAAAAAUAACCACUGUAAUCAAGAAACCAAACCAAUAAACUGAAUGUUGAAUGUU